AGCAAGCUGAAAAAAUAAUGGGCUUGCUAGUUUGAAAACUUGUUUUUUUCAAAUUGAAAGAAAGAAGCAAAUAUAAGUAAAAUGAGCCGUUUUUUGUUUCCAAAUUUUAAAAGGUUUUCUAUAAACUAUCACACUUCUGUUGGAGUGUACGGAUUUCGACCUCGACCCUCUGCUAAAGUUUAUACAGAAGAGUUUUUGCAGAAUAGAAACAAGAAUUUAAAUUUAUUCCAAUUGUCUGAAGCUUUUAGAAUUCAUGGACAUAAAGUAGCUUGCUUGAAUCCAUUACAAAGCCAACCAAAAUUGCAUUCAGUACAAAGUGCUAAAUUAGAUCCAUCAGUAUAUGGCAUAAAUCUGCAAAAUGAAAAUCAAGUGAAUGUAGAGGGAAUACUUUAUUCUAGUCAACCUGAUCUCUCUGUGCAAAAUGUGGUUCAACUCUUGAAACAAACUUAUUGCAGCAAAAUAGGAGUUGAGUUUUAUCACCUUGAGGAGAAUGAAAAAGAAUGGUUUGCCAAAGAGUUUGAAAAAAUUCAACAGGAAUUUUCCUUGUCAAAUGCUGAAAGAAAAGAAAUUGCAAAUGAGCUUAUUAAAUCACAAGUGUUUGAUAACUUUUUAGCAACAAAGUUUACUUCUGUGAAGCGAUAUGGAGGUGAAGGAGCUGAGAGCAUGAUGGCCUUCUUUUUGGAAAUUUUUAGACAGUCUUGUUUGGCUGGCUUAAGUGAUGUAAUGAUUGGUAUUCCCCAUCGAGGACGUUUGAAUCUUCUUACUGGAAUGUUGAAAUUUCCUCCUGUUGCUAUGUUUCAAAAGAUGAUGGGAAUUCCUGAAUUUGCAGAAAACACCAAAUCUACUGGAGAUGUGCUUUCCCAUUUAACUAGUUCUGUGGAUCUUGAUUUUAAAGGGAAUUCAGUUCAUGUCACUUUACUACCCAACCCUUCUCAUUUGGAAGCAGUAUCUCCUGUUGUUGUUGGUUAUGCACGAAGCCGACUACAGACCUUAAAAGUAGCUGAUUACGUAAAUAGUGCUGAACAAGUUCAGUAUCCAGUUUUACCAAUUCAAGUUCACGGUGAUGCUUCUUUUACUGGACAGGGAGUCGUGAUGGAAACUCUUGCCAUGGCUAAUGUUCCCCAUUUUUCUGUGGGUGGUUCAGUACAUCUUGUUGUAAAUAAUCAAAUAGGAUUUACAACACCUGCUGACAAAGGCAGGUCUUCUCUGUACUGUAGUGAUCUGAUAAAAAUGAUUUCAUCACCUGUUAUCCACGUCAAUGGAGACUAUCCAGAGGAAGUCAUUAAGGCAGCAAUUUUAGCUUUCAAGUACAGACAAACCUUUAAAAAGGAUGUCCUUGUGGAUUUACUAUGCUUUAGACGUUGGGGUCAUAAUGAACUUGAUGAUCCUACAUUCACCAAUCCAACCAUGUACAGCACCAUUCAUUCUCGCUCAAGCGUCCCUGAUAUGUAUUCAAAAAAACUGAUUGAUGAAGGUAUCCUAAUGAAGGAAGAACUUAAUGACAUGAUUUCUAAUCAUCAGAGUAUGCUGAGUGAAAAUUUGAAGUUGACUGAAACGUAUAAGACCAAGCUCAGCUCAUUACAAAGAAAUAAUGAUCCUGCUAACCCUUUGAAACAGAUGAUCUCGAAAUGGGAUACUGGUGUUCCAGUGGAUCUUUUACGAUACAUUGGAGCUAAAUCUGUUCAGUUUCCGGAUAAUUUUGUUAUUCACCCAACCUUAGUCAAAAAUUUUGUACCAGAUCGUUUGAAAAAACUCACAAAAGGUACACAGAUUGAUUGGGCAACAGCAGAAGCAUUAGCUAUCGGCUCAUUAUUAUAUCAAGAUUGCAAUGUUCGUAUCAGUGGCCAGGACGUUGGAAGAGGUACUUUUUGUCAUCGACAUGCCAUGCUGGUUGAUCAGAAGACUGAUGAAAUUUACAUCCCCUUGAAUAAUUUAUCUAAAAGUCAAAGUGGGUUUUUUGAGGUUGCAAAUAGUAUUUUAUCUGAAGAAGGCGUUCUCGGAUUUGAAUAUGGAUUUAGCAUUGAAAAUACGGAAAAUUUAGUAAUAUGGGAAGCUCAAUUCGGCGACUUCUUUAAUUCAGCUCAAGUAGUUUUUGAUACUUGCAUUUCUUCAGGAGAAACAAAAUGGCUAAUGCAAAGUAACAUUGUUAUUUUGUUGCCUCAUGGGUAUGAUGGUGCUGGUCCUGAACACUCCUCAUGUAGAGUUGAACGUUUUUUGCAGAUGUCUGAUAGCAGUGAAGAUAAAAUUGACAGCGAUAAUGUGAACUGGCAUAUUGUUAGUCCAACAACUCCAGCUCAGUACUUCCAUCUUCUUAGACAACAGGUAGUAUCUACAUUUAAAAAACCUUUGAUUGUUGUUGGGCCAAAAAUUCUUUUACGUAAUCCAAUGGCAGUUUCAGAUUUGCAAGAUAUGGCUCCAGGAUCAUAUUUUGAAGCAGUAUUAGAUGAUAAAAAUGUAAGGCCCGAAAAUAUCAAGAAAGUGAUAUUUUGCUCUGGAAAACAUUUUUAUCUUCUUCAAAAAGAGAGAGAAUCAAGAAAUAUUUCUGAUUGUGCCAUUAUAAGAUUGGAAAAAUUAUGCCCUUUUCCUGCUGAAAAUAUACAAAAUAUUUUAGUGAAAUAUAAAAGUGCCAAAAAUUUUAUAUGGAGCCAAGAAGAACAUCAAAACAUGGGUGCAUGGUCAUUUAUUCAAACACGGUUUUCAAAUAUCUUGGGUUGUAAACUGCAAUAUGCUGGACGAAGACCAUUAUCAACACCAGCUGUUGGUGUAGGACAGUAUCAUCAGAAAGAAAUAAGUGAGGUGCUGAAUGCUACAUUCAAAUAACAUUUUGAAAUGCAUGAAUGAUUUUUUACAAAUUUUCUGCUUUUAGAAAAUUUUAAAUCUUUAAAUGCAAUCAACUGAUACGAGAAAUGAUUAACAAUUGCUAUUUUGCAAUAAAGAGUAAAUUUUAUAAGAAUUGCUACUUUUUUUUAAAAUUAAUAAUAUGAUGGGAAAAAAAAUGUUAUUUUGUCAAUGCUUUGUAAAAUAUAUUGUGUACAUUUUCCUCAAUAGAACAUGUUUAUUUUUUUACUUAAAUAAAAUCUCU